AUGAAACUGGAUUUGACAGGGCAGUCCCUGAACGAAUUAUCUUUACAGCCGGCGUCUGUUGAUAUCUGGGACAAGAAGUAUCGACUUAAAACAAUGGAAGGCGAACCGAUUGAUGCCAGCAUAGACGCGACCUUCCAACGGGUCGCAACCGCUCUGGCGGAUGUUGAGCAAGACGAGGCCAAGCGAAAAAUCUGGCACGACAAGUUCGUAUGGGCGCUGCAAAAUGGUGCGAUACCAGCCGGACGAAUUACCUCAAAUGCCGGCGCACGCCAGCACAAGCCGGCCACCAGCACAAUCAACUGCACAGUUUCUAACACCGUUCCGGAUUCCAUGGACGGUGUGUUGCGCUCGGUGCAUGAAGCUGGUCUGACCCUGAAGGCGGGCUGCGGUAUUGGUUACGAGUUCUCCACGUUGCGUCCCAAGGGCGCAUUUGUCAGCGGCGCCGGGGCGCAUACCUCGGGGCCGCUGUCCUUUAUGGAUAUUUUUGAUUCCAUGUGUUUCACAGUGUCGUCAGCAGGCGGCCGCCGUGGUGCCCAAAUGGGCACGUUUGAUAUUAGCCAUCCGGACAUCCAGGAUUUUAUUCGUGCUAAACGUGAAGACGGUCGGUUAAGGCAGUUCAACCUGUCCUGCCUGAUUACCGACGAGUUUAUGCAGGCGGUUCGAGACAAUGCAGAAUGGCCGCUGUCCUUUCCUGCCACUAAACUUGAAGUGGAAGACGAGCGUUAUGACAUCGUCUGGCGAAACUGGGCGACCUCGGAAGGUUACAUCACUAAUGACCGUGGUGAAGUUGCCUGUCGGGUAUACAAGACUAUUCCGGCGACUAAGCUGUGGAACCAGAUCAUGAGUUCUACCUAUGAUUACGCAGAGCCGGGUUUUAUUCUGGUGGACAAGAUUAACGAGAUGAAUAACAACUGGUUUUGCGAAAACAUUCGCGCAACCAACCCUUGUGGUGAGCAGCCUUUGCCGCCUUAUGGUGCUUGUUUACUGGGCUCGGUCAACCUCACACGAUUCGUUGACAACCCCUUUACUGAGGAGGCCGCGUUUAACUGGGAUAAGUAUCGUGAAGUUGUAUCUGUCUUCUCCCGUAUGCUGGAUAACGUUGUCGAAAUCAACGGUUUGCCAUUGGAGCCGCAACAGGACGAGAUCCGUUCCAAGCGCCGCCACGGCAUGGGCUUUCUCGGCCUCGGUUCAGCGCUGACCAUGCUGAAAAUGAAAUAUGGCAGCCCCGAGUCACUCGAUUUUACUGAAGAGGUGGCGCGGCAAAUGGCACUGGUAGGCUGGGAAACCGGUAUUGAGUUGGCGGAAGAAAAGGGUUGUGCACCGGUACUGAGUCAGGAAUACAGUGUCACAACCGAAAUGUUGGCGCAUCGUCCCGAGAUGGCCGCCGACGGUUACAAGAUUGGUGACAUGGUUACAGGUUCGGUUCUGAUGGGUCGCUACAGUCGUUACAUGCAACAGUUUCCCAAAGAGCUGCAGGACAAGAUUGCGGCCAAGGGCUGUCGCUACACCCACCAUACGUCAAUCGCCCCGACCGGCACCAUCAGCCUCUCCCUGGGUAACAACGCCAGUAACGGCAUAGAGCCAUCGUUCGGCCAUAUGUACAGCCGUAACGUCAUUCGCGAAGGCAAGAAGUCCAAAGAAAAAGUAGAUGUGUUCUCAUACGAGCUGCUGGCUUACCGGCAUCUGGUGAAUCCGGAUGCGAUGCCGUUUUCGGAAGAUGAGGACAAGCAGCUGCCAGAAUAUUUCAUUACCGCUGACGAUAUUAAUCCGCGACAGCAUGUUGACGUACAGGCAGCGGCACAAAAUUGGAUUGAUUCAUCGAUUUCGAAAACCGCAAAUGUCCCCACCGACUUUCCGUUUGAAGACUUCCAGGAUAUUUACCAAUAUGCCUGGGAAAAGGGUCUGAAGGGCUGCACGACCUUCCGUUUUAAUCCUGAAGUUUUUCAGGGCGUGCUGGUCAAGGAACAGGAUCUGGAAAACACCACCUACCGGUUCACCCUGGAUAAUGGUGAGAUCGUCGAGGUCAAAGGAAAUGAGGAAAUCGAUUACGACGGCGAAACACACACCGCUGCUAAUCUGUUUGAUGCCUUGAAAGAAGGCUAUUACGGCCGAUUCUAG